UCAGCUCUUUCGUCAUGACGUAGCGGAAGUCUAUUCUAAACUAGCGACACCAGGCCAACUCUGGGAAAUGCCUUCUAUUUCCACUUCCACGCUUUUGAGGUGGUCCUAACAUUUCCUGUCAAAUAUAAUUUUCUGAGUUGUCAUAGCUUAUCUUGGGAAAAUCCGCGGAACUGUCGGUCGGACGGGGUUGGUACUUACUAAAACAUAGGCACACGUUAGGGCAGCCCUGUACUGCCAGUGACGUCACUCGAGCGCUGGGAGGAGAAGGACCCUUCCAUUGAUAGUCCCUCCUCCGGGUGCCACACUCCGGAAAGAAAGCAAGGAGACGCGUGCGCGGAGGUAUGGAGCUGGUCUGUGGGUGCUACGAGCAAGUUCUUUUCGGGUUCGCGGUGCAUAGGGAACCUGGAGCGAGCGGCCAGAACGAGAAAUGGACCCCUGUGGCCAACUUCACCCACCAUGGCCAUGCUGCCUCUUUGUCAGCAGUGGCUGUAAAUAAUCGUUUUGUGGUCACUGGAAGCAAAGAUGAAACAAUUCAUAUCUAUGAUAUGAAAAAGAAGGUAGAACAUGGAGCACUGCUACAUCAUAACGGCACAAUAAAUUGCCUGAAAUUCUUUGGUAACGGGCACUUAAUCAGUGGAGGAGAUGAUGGACUGAUUUGUGUUUGGGAUGCAAAGAAAUGGGACUGUUUGAAGUCUAUUAAAGCACAUAAGGGACAUGUGACUUCUCUUUCUGUUCAUCCAUCUGGCAAAUUAGCACUAUCAGUGGGAACAGACAAAACAUUACGAACAUGGAAUCUUAUUGAAGGAAGAUCUGCAUUUAUAAAAAAUAUAAAACAAAAUGCUCACAUAGUAGAAUGGUCCCCUGGUGGAGAGAAGUAUAUAGUUGUCACAAUGAACAAGAUAGACAUCUACCAACUUGAAACUGCAUCCAUCACAGGUACCAUCACCACUGGAAAGAGAAUUUCUUCUGUUGCAUUUAUUUCAGAUUCCAUACUUGCUGUGGCUGGAGAUGAAGAAAUUGUAAGGUUGUUUGACUGUGAUUCACUAAAAUGUCUCUGUGAAUUUAAGGCUCAUGAAAACAGAGUAAAAGACAUUUGCAGCUUUGAAGUCGCAGAGCAUCAUGUUAUUGUUACAGCAUCGAGUGAUGGCUUCAUUAAAAUGUGGAGGCAUAACCCAAAUAAGAAGACUCCUCCAUCUUUACUAUGUGAAGUAAACACUAAAGCCAGACUCACGUGCCUUGGAGUGUGGCUGGACAAAGUUGCACACACCAAAGAUCAGCUUCCUCCUACUGCAGCCCCUUCUCCUGUAAAAGAAGAACAAGAGUUCAAAACCAGCCCCCCAAAAUCUGAUGAUUCAGAAGGAAAACAGCAACAAUCCAAGAAAUUUGGUUGGACUAAGGAUAGUAAAAAACCAACAAAAGCAGAAAGCCCAAUGACAGUCAAGAAAAGAAAAAUGGAAGGUAUACUAGAAAAGAAGAAGAAAAAGAAAGUACAAAUCAGUGAAUAAAUCUUUGAAAAUUCAA